GCACGCCUCGAACGCACACUCCCCGUCCCUCCCUCGCGCGCUCACCCGUCUCCCCAGCGCCUGCUCCCGCUUUCUCUCUCUCCCUUCCUAACACACCUCGCUCACUCCCACUCGGGCGGUCUCUUUCGCUCCCACCUGCUCCAAGUCUCGCUCUGCGCACCCCCGGUGGCGCGCCCAGCCCCUGGCGCUCUCGCCUGUCACUAUCGCAGCUUCAGCGGGAAGCGCCCGGACUCGCCCUGCUCCUUCUCGCAGAGGCGCGCCUGAUGCCCGGGACCCGCCGCUGAGCCCAGGAGACCAUGGUGGGAGCGCUUGCCCGCCGCGGUACCCACUGAGGCCAUGCCGGCGAGCCAGAGCCCGGCCGGCGCCGGCCAGCGCUUGCUUCUGCUCCUGCUACCGCUGCUGCUGCUGCUGCUGCUGCUGCUCCAGGGCUGCCACGCGGGCAACCUGACCGUGGCCGUGGUGUUGCCGCUGGCCAACACCUCGUACCCGUGGUCGUGGGCGCGCGUGGGGCCCGCGGUGGAGCUGGCUCUGACCCGGGUGAAAGCGCAGCCCGACUUGCUGCCAGGCUGGACAGUCCGCACGGUGCUAGGCAGCAGCGAGAAUGCGCUGGGAGCCUGCUCCGACACGGCUGCGCCCCUGGCCGCAGUGGACCUCAAGUGGGAGCACAACCCCGCCGUGUUCCUGGGCCCCGGCUGCGUGUACGCGGCCGCUCCGGUGGGGCGCUUCACCGCGCACUGGCGGGUGCCCCUGCUGACCGCCGGCGCUCCGGCGCUAGGCUUCGGGGCUAAAGACGAGUACGCGUUGACCACCCGCGCAGGACCCAGCCACGCCAAGCUGGGCGACUUCGUGGCGGCGCUGCAUCGACGGCUGGGCUGGGAGCGCCGGGCGCUGGUGCUCUACGCCUACCGGCCCGGCGACGACCAGCCCUGCUUCUUCGUGGUGGAGGGGCUGUACAUGCGGGUCCGCGACCGCCUCAACAUCACAGUGGACCACCUGGAGUUCGCCGAGGGCGACCACGACCACUACACCAAGCUGCUGCGGACCGUUCGGCGCAAAGGCCGAGUCGUCUACAUCUGCAGCUCCCCAGAUGCCUUCAGAACCCUCAUGCUCCUGGCCCUGGACGCUGGCCUCAGUGGGGAAGACUAUGUUUUCUUCCACCUGGAUGUCUUCGGGCAAAGCCUACAAGGGGCACAGGGCCCUGCUCCCCGCAGGCCCUGGGAGAGAGGAGACGGGCGGGAUGUCAGUGCCCGCCUGGCCUUUCAGGCUGCCAAAAUCAUUACAUAUAAAGAACCGGAUACUCCUGAGUACUUGGAAUUCCUGAAGCAGCUCAAAGUCUUGGCCCGUGAGCAGUUCAACUUCACCAUGGAAGAUGGCCUGGAGAACCUCAUCCCUGCAUCCUUCCAUGAUGGGCUUCUGCUCUAUGUCCAGGCAGUGACAGAGACGCUAGCACACGGGGGAACUGUCGCCAAUGGGGAGACCAUCACUCAGAGGAUGUGGAACCGAAGCUUCCCAGGUGUGACAGGAUACCUGAAAAUUGAUAGCAAUGGAGAUCGUGAGACUGACUUCUCCCUCUGGGAUAUGGACCCUGAGACCGGUGCCUUCAGGGUUGUACUGAACUACAAUGGGACUUCCCAAGAGCUGGUGGCUGUGUCAGGGUGCGAACUAUACUGGCCCCUGGGGUACCCUCCUCCUGACAUCCCUAAAUGUGGCUUUGACAACGAGGACCCAUCCUGCAACCAAGACCACUUGUCCACCCUGGAGCUCCUGGCCUUGGUAGGCAGCCUCGCCCUGCUUAGCAUCCUGAUCGUCUCCUUCUUUGUAUACAGGAAGAUGCAGCUGGAGAAGGAGCUGGCCUCCGAGCUGUGGCGAGUGCGCUGGGAGGACCUGCAGCCCAGCAGCCUGGAGAGGCACCUCCGAAGCGCGGGCAGCCGGCUGACCUUGAGCGGGAGAGGCUCCAAUUACGGCUCCCUGAUAACCACAGAGGGCCAGUUCCAGGUGUUUGCCAAGACAGCGUACUACAAGGGCAACCUGGUGGCUGUGAAACAUGUGAAUCGUAAACGCAUUGAGCUGACAAGAAACGUCCUGUUUGAACUGAAGCAUAUGCGGGAUGUACAGAAUGAACACCUGACCAGGUUUGUGGGUGCCUGCACUGACCCCCCCAACAUCUGUAUCCUCACAGAGUACUGUCCCAGAGGGAGCCUGCAGGACAUUCUGGAGAAUGAGAGCAUCACCCUGGACUGGAUGUUCCGGUACUCACUCACCAAUGACAUUGUCAAGGGAAUGCUGUUUCUACACAAUGGGGCCAUUUGCUCCCAUGGGAACCUCAAGUCAUCCAACUGUGUGGUAGAUGGGCGCUUUGUGCUUAAGAUCACCGACUAUGGGCUGGAGAGCUUCAGGGACCCGGAGCCAGAGCAAGGACACAUCCUUUAUGCCAAAAAGUUAUGGACAGCUCCUGAGCUUCUGCGAAUGGCUUCGCCCCCUUCUCGGGGCUCCCAGGCUGGUGACGUGUACAGCUUUGGGAUCAUCCUCCAGGAGAUUGCCCUGAGGAGUGGGGUCUUCCAUGUGGAAGGUUUAGACCUCAGUCCCAAAGAGAUCAUUGAGCGUGUGACUCGGGGUGAGCAGCCCCCCUUCCGGCCCUCCCUGGCCCUGCAGAGCCACCUGGAGGAACUGGGGCAGCUGAUGCAGCGGUGCUGGGCCGAGGACCCACAGGAACGGCCACCCUUUCAGCAGAUCCGCCUGACACUCCGCAAGUUUAACAGAGAGAACAGCAGCAACAUCCUGGACAACCUGCUGACCCGCAUGGAGCAGUAUGCCAACAACCUGGAGGAGCUGGUGGAGGAGCGCACGCAGGCCUACCUGGAGGAGAAGCGCAAGGCAGAGGCCCUGCUCUACCAGAUUCUGCCUCACUCAGUGGCUGAGCAGCUGAAACGCGGGGAGACAGUGCAGGCGGAGGCCUUUGACAGCGUGACCAUCUACUUCAGUGACAUCGUGGGCUUCACCGCCCUGUCAGCAGAGAGCACACCCAUGCAGGUGGUGACCCUGCUCAAUGACCUGUACACUUGCUUUGAUGCAGUUAUAGACAACUUUGAUGUGUACAAGGUGGAGACAAUCGGCGACGCCUACAUGGUGGUGUCGGGACUCCCAGUGCGGAACGGGCGGCUCCACGCGCGCGAGGUGGCCCGCAUGGCCCUGGCGCUGCUGGACGCGGUGCGCUCCUUCCGCAUCCGCCACCGGCCCCAGGAGCAGCUGCGUUUGCGCAUCGGCAUCCACACAGGACCUGUGUGUGCUGGCGUUGUAGGGCUGAAGAUGCCCCGUUACUGUCUUUUUGGGGACACUGUCAACACUGCCUCAAGAAUGGAGUCCAAUGGGGAAGCGCUGAAGAUCCACCUGUCUUCUGAGACCAAGGCUGUCCUGGAGGAGUUUGAUGGUUUUGAGCUGGAGCUUCGAGGGGAUGUGGAAAUGAAGGGCAAAGGCAAGGUCCGGACCUACUGGCUCCUGGGGGAGCGGGGGAGUAGCACCAGAGGCUGACCGGCCCCCCUUGCUGUCCUUCCAUACCUCCGAUGCCUGGUCUCCACCUCUCCCCAGCAGCCCCACCACUGCAGAAGGAUGAGAGAGCCGUGGCUGGAACAGCUCAGGCCCCCAGACCCCAGUAGAGACCCCGGGUGUGACUCUGAGAGACGACUGGCAUAGGGAAGAACCCAGAGCUCACAGGACCGACCAAAUCACACACUCACACAAAAUGGCACCGGUGUAGGCACAUGUCCCCUCCGCC